AUGGUCCGCGCCUACCAGGUCCAUCGGACACCGGCGUCGUCCAACACGUACCAAAAUACCCAACCGUAUCGGGCCAUCCCACAACAUCACGCCUGGCGAGAACAUGGCAGCCGGAGAAAUCGGUGGAGUAUGGACGUCGAACGUCCAAGUAUCCAAGACGACCGGAAAUACGUACAGCGAUUGAACCACGUGCUGCAAUAUUGGAACGGAUCACCAUCAUCCCAUACGCCGAGUAGAGGCGGCACCAGUACUUUGUCAAAGUCCGAGACUGCCGGCGCGCUUCACGAACAAUCCGCACACGCCUCCGCAACUUCGCACGGAAUGCCUUGGCGAUCUUCAAUCGAUGGCAGUUACAGCCACGAACAACUGUUCUACAUGCCCUUUUGGGAAUGGCAGGUAGAGUUUAUGAAAUCGACUCUUACCAAUUUUCGAGGUCUGCCGGUGCGUUCCCGGUCGGGGCGGGACAUGUCUUACGUGGAAAGCGGGACAAGCGUGCCGACAAGGUCUUCUGGAAAACCAAUGCGCAUGCACACGUGUUGCUUUGCUUCGGACGAAUAUAAACAGAUACGCUUGACGACUCUGGAUGCGGGACCCCGAACCCAAGUGUUUACAUCCUUGUGGUAUCCCAAUCCAGAAUAUGAUUUGCCUGUAUUGGGCAUCGACUUGCUACAGUUCAACGAAAAGAAGCAUUUGUGCGUAGUGGACUUUCAACCCUUGCACACGAGCGAAAACGACCAUACAGUUGAUCGUCGUCACGUAGAACCACGCCAAGAAACGUUGGCGUCGAUUCGUUCACAGUACCCUAGUUUGCAAGGGAGCAUGACGAAACGAUUCUACGACGAAACGCAAUUCUUCUCGUCCCAAAUGCUGCUGGCUCGCGAUCCACCGGACGGCAGCGACCCGACCCGCAUGGUGAACGACGAGUUGUUCCCAGCCUAUCAGCGGUACGUCGAAACGCACGUGGAAAUGGUGCAGUCGGCCACGCCGGACCCGUCCACUGUACCCACCGUGCUGGAUCGACACGCGGCCUACGACGAAUAUUCAGCCGCCCGGGAUCCGGCACACGCCUUGCUAGCUCGUGCGUUUGGACAAGACUGGGCCGACGAGUACGUGUACGAUGUACUCUUUCCACUCUCGCAAAAGUAG